GAACUCAGGGAGUAUAUAUAUUAGUAGCUUGAUUGAAGUAGUCUCACACAAAAUUUUGUCGAUCUCUUCCAUAAGCCAAAAGGUACUUCUCUUCCUAGGGUAGCUCAAUAACCAAAAUACCAAAUGGCCAAAGUUCAUCCAGUUAUUCUAGUAGUACCCAGUAUUGAUAAUAAUGCUUCUGCUAGUAUAUCUCCAUGUUCUGAACCAUACAUGACCUCAAAGAGAGAAACAUUCACUAUAUGGAUGAAGUCCCUUGUGAUGCAGGGAAAUGGAUGCACAGCGUAUGACGAUAAUGGCGAAAUUGUGUAUCGUGUUGAUAACUACGACAACAAGCACAGCAAUGAAGUUUAUCUCAUGGAUCUCCGCGGCAAAGUUCUGUUUACUCUGUGUGAGCAGAAAAUGUGCAUUUUCAGACCUAAUUGGGAUGCUUACGAGUCGAAUAGGUCGAAAACGCCAUAUUUUCGAGUGAGGAAGAGCGGAGUUUUCGGAGGAGGGUCUUCUUAUAAGGUAACCAUGCCAUCUGAUGGAAAUUUUUACAUUUUAGAAGCUGGUGGGAAAUCAACAUUCAGAAUAAGAGAUGUCAACGGAGGAGUUGUAGCUGAGGCGAGGCGAAAGCAAUCGUCUUCCGGAGUAGAAUUCGGAGAUGAUGUACUGAGUUUGGUGAUGGAGCCUCAUGUGGAUCACUCCUUUAUCAUGGCUCUUGUUACUGUUUAUGGCUUGAUUAAAGGUCAAAUUUGAAUCUCAGAGCUAUCUCAGAUGCUAAGUAGUUCUGUAUAUAUGCUUCUAGCAAAGAGUGGUGCGCAGUAAAUAUCAUCUCUUUUUUCUUUUUCUUUUUUCAAAACCCAUCUUGGGUACUCAAGCAGUGAUGUUGCUCAGAGAGGGUUUUGCCUUUUGUUUAGUUUGUAAGGAAUCAGUUUUGCCCAUUAUUAAUGACUUGUGAGCAAUACGGAUCAAAUUUUUGUGGAUACUGAAAACACAUGAUUGAAUUGAAUACCCUAGAAUUAUCAUCGAUC